GGGCGGAGGCAGAGAGAGUUCAUUGAUCUAUCAGCCCAGCCUAGUCCCAAGAGAGCAGACUGAAGCAUCACAGCAGAAACAACGUGACCACAAUGGACUUGGGUUUUCUGCUGUGGAUGGUUUUGACCUUAACGGAAAGCACAUCAGCAGAGGCCGAGCAGUACAGCAGAGCGGUGGAUUGGUUGAACAGAUAUGGCUACCUUCCUCCUCCUGACCCGCGCACAAGUAAACUGCAGACCAAGGAUGGGAUUGAGAAAGCUAUUCGUGUCAUGCAGAGAUUUGGAGGGAUCCAGGAAACUGGAAUUCUUGACAGCAAAACUAUCCAACUCAUGUCUACACCACGAUGCUCUCUCCCUGAUAUUGUUGGCAGUGAAGACAUGCUGAAAAAGAGGAGGAGGAAAAGAUAUGCCCUGUCAGGCCUUAAGUGGCAUAAGACAGACCUCACAUGGAGUAUCCACAGUUACCCAACGCCCUCCCUCUCCCCCGGCCUGCCUAACCAUUUGGUGGAGAGCAUCCUGACUCACGCCUUCAAAGCCUGGAGUGACGCGGCCCCCUUGAGAUUCCAUCGGCUGCUGAAUGCGGCUGGGGGGGACAUCAGAGUGUCUUUUUCCCGUUUGCUGCAUGACGACGGCUACCCUUUUGACGGAAAGGGUGGCACCCUGGCCCACGCCUUCUUCCCUGGCAGGGAUGAAGUGGCGGGUGACACACACUUUGAUGAUGAUGAGAUCUGGAGCUACAGAGGUGACAGCAGCAGCACAGACUUGUUCACAGUCGCAGUGCAUGAGUUUGGUCAUGCGCUAGGCCUUUCCCAUUCCUCCACCGAUCCAUCCAUCAUGAGUCCGUACUACCAGGGCCCUGUGGAAGACAUCGUCAACUUCCAGCUGGCCCUGGACGACAAACUGGCAAUCCAGCAGCUUUACGGUGUGAGGGACGGCGGGCCAUCAGGUGGUGUUGAUCCGGACCUCCCACGCCUGCCCACUCCGCCACUUCCAAGACCAACACAGCUUCCUGGCCCGUCGAUCCACGAGCGCUGUCAGGGAGGCUUUGAUGCAGUGGCAAAUAUCAGGGGAGAAGUCUUCUUUUUUAAAGGUGCACAAUUCUGGAGAACUAAGCGAGACGGGUCUUUAGUGUCCCUCCAUCCGGCUCAGAUCAAAAACUUCUGGAUUGGGCUCCCGCCAGGAACGAACAAGAUCGACGCUGUGUAUGAGAGGAAAAGCGACAGCAGUAUCAUCUUCUUCAUUGGAUCUCAGUACUGGGUCUUCAUGGACACGGUAGCCAUGAGCGGUUACCCUCGGCCCCUCUCUGAUUGGGGGAUGAGGACAGACGGCAAUGCGUUCGUGGACCGGGUGGAUGCAGCCUUCAUCUGGGCUCAUAACGGCAAGACCUACCUGUUCAGCGGAGGGAAGUUCUGGAGGUUUGACGAGAGCCGUAAAGGUGAACAGGUGAUCAGGGAGCCAGAGUUAGGCUAUCCACGGGACAACCGCCUCUGGGUAGGAGUGCCCUCUCACAUGGAUGACAUCAUCAGCUGGGGAGAAGGAGAUGCUCACUUCUUCAAGGACAACCUCUACUGGGUUUUAAAGAGCGGAGGACUGAACCAAGAUGUCGUCACUCCUAAAUCCAUCGCUGUAGACUGGCUCAGAUGUCCAGCUCCACCUUCAACCACCACCACAGCCAAUCCUCGUUUCCCAAAGCAGUGCCACUGUGAUUUAAGUCGAUCAUCUUCGUCUCUAAGAAGCAGCUGGAUCCUCCUGAUCUCCGUUUUAUCUGUAAUUAAUGAGUUUAUUAGAAAAUAGAAACCUGAGUUUGGAAUUUGUUUGAUGCGUUUGUUGAGAGAGGCUACAGGCCGGUUUUGUACCACUCCUCAUUACACUGGAGGGUAACAGGCUCUUUACAUUAUCAUAUACUCACAGCACAUAAAAACCCACAAGAUGGUUUCAAAUUACAUUCUAGCAUCAUAAAAGGCUUAUGUUAAAAACCUGCCUUAUACUUUAACACCAGGCCUAUGUCAGCAUAAACACUUGCCUUAUUAAAACAUAUUGCUGAUCUGUAAAAAAAAAUUAAAAAUAAAAAUAGUCAAUUUAGGUACUCCCUCCAUCCUGCUAUAGAAUAUCACCUCCUUUUUCUAUACUAAAGUAUUGGAUUACAUGGCGCCUGUAUAGGAGAACGCAUGGAAAUUCAACACUGCAAUCCAGCAUAAUGAGGUCUUACACAACAACCUUAUGUUUGGACAGUUAACAGGCGACACACUUAAGCGCAAUAGUCAGGUUCUUUAUAGGAGCUCCUCUUUCAAAUAAUGCAGAGUACAUCUGUGGGUGUGCCUACAUAUAAACAGUGAAACGCUUUGGUAAGUUAAACUUGUAGACAGUGCAUUGUGAAAAGGUGAGCUUGAGCUGUGGUUUGUCUUUGUCCCAUUUCAUAUAUUUUGAUUGAUACUGGAUUUUACAGAUGUUAUUGUUAUGUGUAAAUAAUUUUCACUGGAAACAAGGAUCAUUACCGACAUGGUACAUGAGAACAAUCAAGCAAAUUAAUGAAAUUUGCACCUUAUUUUUUCUUUUUUUGUUCUCUUAGACUUUAUUUGACGAUUGAAUUUGCUUAGGGCUGUGUUUUUACAAUACAGGAUAAUAAUGCUGAUCUGUGACUGUGGUGCUAAGACCUGGAGAUGUCAGGUUAGGCCAGAUGUAGUUAAUAUAAAGUCAUGUAUGUACAGUAUAUCAUAAUGUAGCUGCAGGCCUGUAUGCAAGAAAUCAACAAAUGGAACAUGGUUACAAUUUUUAAGUGAUUGAUUUAUUAGAAAAUAUCAUUAAAGUGUCAUAAUUCUUAAUAUAAGUUUGCUUUUUUUGUGUUGUAUCUGUUCCCCUGACUACACUUCAUGAAUUUAUUACAAAAAAAAUUAGAAUAAUAUCUCUUGAUCUCACCACCCUCACGCUGUAGCUGCAUUUUUGCUAUGUUCUUAUCUCAUGGUGCACAUUCAUGACUCACAUAUGAUACAUCUUUACAAUCUUUACAUGCUGGUCAUUCUCCAGUGACAGUCCCGUAUUUGUCAACUUUUGAGCACUGAUUUCUAUCUUUUAUAGGAUACCUCGCCUUCUGGGCCAUGACAUACAUACUGUUACUGCUGGUCAUCACUAUAGAGGAGGAAGAGCACAAUGAAGAAUGUCUCAUUGUCGUUUAGCCUGAGGAACUAGUAUCUAUCGUUCCUCGGGCUAGGUUCACAUUUUUGUUCUGACUUACCUAAGAUGGCUCGAUAUGAGAAUGAUCAGCUUGGAUUUUACAGUGAACAACUCUGGUAACUCUGAAUCUGAAAGUAAAGUCAUGUGGAAAAGGCCUUUUUUUUAUAUGAUUGUUUCUUGUCGUAGUUAAUGUUACUUUGAUUCUAACCUUACACUGACAUGAAAAAUUCUGCAAGCUUACUUCAAAGGCCUUCAUCCUUUCUUUUUAACUUUUAUUUUUUAGUAUUAUAUUUAGUACUAGUAUUUCAU